CUUCCUCCACCCUUCAACUUUCCCUUUACAGAUAAUUUCCCGGGAAAUUCUGGAAAUUUUCCCGGAAAUCCAAGGCUCGCCCAUUUUCAUGUGGUUCGAGCAUUGGCGUCCAUGAUCCAUUCUUUUGUUUCUUCACAACCAUGUGUCGAAUUUUCCAGUUCAAGAAAAAGUUCGAGAUUUUCUUCAAACCCUAGUCUGUGAACUUCAAUCAGCGAUGGAUCCGGGUCCAAUCUACAUAAGCUCCGAUGACGAACUGGGUUGGACCGACCUGGAUGAGGAGGACAACUUUGAUUGGGUAUCGGACCUUCUGGAAUCUGCCGACAAGGUAACUGAUGAUGAUGAUGAUUCCGAUGACGUUGUGGUGAUUAGUGAGGUCAACUCCAAGUCCAAGAAAAAGUCUUCCAAACGGACGGUUGCGGAUGUGGACGAUGAUUGUGUCGUCUUGGACGGUGACCCGGAUAAGCCGGUUUCGGUGGUGGAGGAUUCGGGUAGCGGCUCCGACGAGUUGCUUGUGGUUGGGGAGAAGGGGCAGGUAGCAUGUAGAGACUACCCUCAUCCACGACAUCUUUGUGCCAAAUUUCCUUUCAAAACUACUAGGCACGAGAACCACUGUGAUCUUUGUCACUGUUAUGUCUGUGACUCACUGGCGCCAUGUGUACAUUGGAGCACUCGAGGCUCCAACUUUGAUCAUUGUCAUGCCACGGAUAAAGAAGAGACAUGGAAAGUACUGAGGAAAAAUUUCAAGACAGCGAAAACUGCACCAUUAUCAGCUUCAAACAAUCUGGCACCGACUACACAUGGUCCAGUUCCACCACUCAAUAUUAUUCGGUUGGCACCUAAUUCUUUACCAGAGAGUCAGGUUUCUAGAACAGCUACAAUCCGCCCUUGCACCUCAGCUGGUCGUACCAUGCCUGGAAUCAGAAUUCCAAGCAGAAGUCACCAACCAGAAUAUCUUUUCCCUAAGAACAAAGUCCAACCUUGUUCAGUUUCUAAGCAGUUGCUUGGUGCACGCACUAAUGUUGUUGGGAGGAACAGAGGUCAAGAUAUUGGUCAUUUAGGGCCUGUCUCUUCUCAUUCAAUGUUCAAAAGAGUAGGAGCUGUUGUGAACCGAACUGCAUUUGUUUCGUCAAAUAACAGUAGUUGUACCACUCCAUUAAUAUACAACAGUACUUCCACUCCCAUGGCAACAUCAAAUGGCGGAAACCCCUUGUGGUUGCAGGGUGUUCAUUCUAGUGUGCAUCAGAACGCCUCCCAGCCCAUGACCACUUUCGUUGGAAAUACAGUGCCCUCCCAACGCCAAACAUAUAGUCAGGCCAUCCCCCAAUCAAUUUACGGCCAAACUUUUCAACAGCAAGGGAAUCAAGGUCAAAAUGAUAGCCAAUUUAUUUCUCAGUACGCGAUACCAAGUCCGGAUUCCAGUCAAGGUAUAUAUCAGUAUGGGAAUCAGAGUCAGAAUUCUAGUCUGCAAGGUAAUCUAGGUGUAAGUGUCACAGAUUUGGAUUUUACGGAUUGUAACUGGGUUAACACUUCCAGUCCAAACAUUCAGCAGCCUCCAAUUCAGCAACCUCCUAUUCAGCAGCCUCCAAUUCAGCAACCUCCUAUUCAGCAGCCUCCUGUUCAGCAGCCUCCGCUUCAGCAGCCUCCAUUUCAGCAACCUCCCAUCCAGCAACCUCCCAUUCAGCAACCUCCUGUUCAGCAGCCUCCAAUUCAGCAACCUCCUGUUCAGCAGCCGCCGCUUCAGCCUCCAUUUCAGCAACCUCCCAUCCGGCAACCUCCCAUUGAGCAACCUCAGUUUCAGCAGCCGCCUCCUAUCCAGCAACAGCCUCCCAUUGAACUUUCUGAAAUUCAAAGCACCGAGCCUGUAUAUGAGCCAGCUCCCGUCAAUGAGCAGUCUAACAAAGUCGCUAAUUUCAAUGGUUUGGAAUUUGAAAGCUGGCUCUUGGAAACCCAGUAUAGUCCAGCAGAAUCAAAUAAUGCGAUGGCAUCUCAUCUGAACAUGUUGUCUCCCGAGCCGACUUUUAUAGACUCACUCGUGUUUGAUUUUGAAACCCCCUGGAAUGGUCUGGCUCAGGUAUAG